AUGGAUUUGCGCACAAUCAUGAACAAUGAGGGCGGCGCCGCCUCCAAGGCGUCGCAAGCUAGUGUCUCGUCCACGGUAUCAUCAGACCUUGCUCAUCAACAGCAGCAGCAGCAGCAGACCGAUUAUCCCCGUCGCCGCUCAUCACAGUCCUUGCAAGCCAUCCAACAGGUAACGCCAACCCGACAUUCAUCCUUCGAGCCGACUCAGGCGCAAUAUCAACAAUAUCCACCAGCACCGCCACCUCUGAACACUGCAGUCCAGUCGAAUCCAAGUCUCAGUUCGCCGCCAACCUCGACACCGUACAGUUCCGGUCCGCGAGACUCAUACAGCUCCUCGGCCUACAAUAACGCUCACUCUCACGGGUCCGUCGGCCCCGGGGCAUCCCCAUACACACCCCAGCAGCCGAUGAGUGCAGGACUGCAGCAGGUGGAUCAAUCAUCCUAUUUCGCGCAGCAACGGUCCAAUUCGCUUCAGUCAGUGAUGACCAACCCGCCUGGUGCGGGCGAAUCCGUGCCUCCUCGCGGAAGUCCGCUGUCCGCCUCCCAGCCGCCCUUCCCCCAACAACAAUUUUCUCCAUCCACGCAUCGCUCCAUCUCCGGCACACCGCUGGGUCCUCCACCCAUCAUCACCUCUAGUCAAUCCACUCAUUCGGCGCGACCUCUCUCGUCGGGUCGUGUCUCUCCACGAAACAAUCCACCGAGCCCCCGUACCGUGCCGGAAGCCCAACGACGGAGCUCGUUGCAUACCCAAUCACCACCGACGUCACACAGAGCCUCCCCGUCCUCCCGCCAUUCUGAAUCCGCAUCACAUCCAUUCACCGGCGGGUAUAAGCACGAGUCCCCAGAAUCUUCAAGCUCCAGAGCUACCUCGCGCCAGAAUAGCACAGCGACCGCGCUCGACGCUGCAGGUGGCACUGCUUCCCGUCCCCUUGCUGAUCCCACAUACACUGAAAGUCCCACUGCGCUAGCUUCGUCUGGCUUAACAUCUAAUGCUCAACGCUCGCCGAUGUCCACCAUGCAACCUCGUUUUGCCAGAUCUCCCUCCGAAUCUCGAAGCAACUCACAAGCCCUGAAAAUGGAGAUUGACAACGACUCAAUGGACCGGGGGCCGACCACCAGCCACCGAAGGCUAAAAGAAGACGGUGUGACCCCCGCCGUCCAGGCAGCUGCUUCGGUGGCUCGCAGUGCUCGAGCUCCUGCGCCGGUGGCACCUCUGCCGGUCGGAAAUGGCCCAACAGCUGCGUCCCCUUCGAUGCCGACCGCUGGUACUACCAGCACACCGCGUCCACAGCACACGGGCUCGCUGGGACCUUGGGAACCGUCCAUUACCGGCUUCAUUCCCUACGAGGAGCUUACAAAGCAGCUCUGCGAUUUUUUGUUUCAGCAUGUGGUCAUGCGAACUGACGUGGCCGUGGACGCGACCGGGUCGGCUGCGGCUGGCGCUGGGACGAUCGUUGAAAUUGAAGCCAAGCUUGGUCACGUCGUGGACCAAGACCGCCGUGAGCGGCUUGUUCUGCCAGUUCUCACUGAGAGUGUCAUCAAUCGAGACUCCAGAGUGCGCACUGCAUUUGAGAGCAAUAUGACAGUGGAGCAACACCGAGCCAUGAACAAUUUCCUGAACGAACAAGUCAAAGCAUCCAUAGCCAACACUCAAUCACGCAUUCCGAUCUCCUAUACUCACAAGAAGGAGCGUGACACCUUUUACGAGAUCUCACCUCAAGAACUCCCACCCGUCAUCCGACAGAACCUGAACCCUCGACACAAACCUAAGGUGCGGGUGACGACUGAUGUCAAGACGGGCGAGAUUAUCGCCAAGAUCGUUAAAUGUCGCGUCGCGGACAUUGACGUUUACAGUCCUCGGACGUCGGUGGAUUGGCGUGUCUCUGUCAAUCUGGAGAUGGAGUACGACGGGGACGUUAGCCAUCUUACUAUGGUUGACACGUCCAAGGGAGGUCGCGGAGAGCGCAAUAAGGACCGGAUGAGCUACAAGCACUUGGCUUAUCAGAUUGAUCUCACUCAAGUAGCAACGGCAGAGGCGCCUACCAAGAACGACUUUGAGCACGAGCUCGAGGUAGAGGUUUCUGCCGCAGAGAUUCGACGCCAAGGGAACUUAGCCAUGGCAGGUGAUCCCUCAAAUCAGUACGAGGACCUUGUCAAGGGCUUCGUGGAUAACAUCCGUGUGCUGGCACGAGCUGUGCCGCCUUGA